AUGGGGCCCCCGGGCAAUAGGGGAUCAUGGGGACCCUGUGUCCUCCUCGCCCACACUCAAACCACACCCAAAAAAGCCUAUAAAAGGUACCAGGGGCAUAUCAUGGGGCCCCCUACUGACCUCAGGCCCUCGGGCAGUGCCCGAGUUUCCAAAUGGUCAGUCCGCCCCUGGUUACAAUCACGAGUGCCAGAUGCAAAAGACAGUCCAGCUCUGGCUUGUUGCAUUCUCUGUGUGUCCUGUAUGGUCAGUGGUCCUAUGACUGUCACUGCCCCCACAUUAGUGGUCAUUACAGUGAAUGGGAUA